AAAGAAAAAAAAAAGCAUCUCCACGGCCACCUCUUCCUCUCUCUCUCUCCAUCUCGUGACGCCAGCUUUCCGUUCCCACUUCUCCGAUCGAUCGGAUUCCGAGGAGCAAGACGAUCAGGUCGCUUCGCCCCAUCGUCGGCUUCCUCAACACCGCCGACGGCUUCACGACUCGCCAGCUCCUCCUAUCCCUCUCUAUCACGAGAACCAAGUUUUCUCUUCUUCAAUCAGUCGGAUUCAGGAGAGCAAGAGGGUCUGGACGUCUGGUCGCUUCGCCUCGUCGCCCACCCCCUCAACAUCGCCGACGGUUUCGCGAUUCGCCGGCUCUUCCUCUCCCUCUCGAUCUCAAGACACCUGUUUCUCUUUUUCAAUCGGUCGGAUUGCGGAGAGCAAGAGGGUUUGAGCGCCCGCCCUCACAAGAUCGCCAACAGCUUCGCGAAUCACCUACUCAUUCUCUCCCUUUCGAUCUCGAGACCACGAGAAGCCCAUUCCGCCAGGAUCCAGAAGCUGACUUUUGAGGAAGGACGGCCGCUGGAGCAUCAAGGUAACCGUCGCGCCGACCUGUCGAAAGUGGUUGACUCGAUCGGUGCCCGCCGGGAGCUUCGCAAAGGCAAAAAUCACGGUGGCCCCGCCGCUGAGAGACUUGGCAACGAGGUCCCAGACGUCGAACGAGAGAUUCACCUCCUUGAUGCUCUCGUAUGAGACGAGAUUGUUCCGCUUCCUCUACAUUCGUGUUCGACUUUUGAAGAAGGACGGCUGUCGGAGCCACGCCGCCGGGUAACAUCCCCACCACCCACCAAUCGGAGUACAGCCCAUCGGCGGCAGUAGGGUGACUGAAGUUGUCGCUUGUCAGUUGAAAAAGGGGCACCGCCGCCGUCGAUUGUCGAAGCAGCAGAGGAAGAGUUAGAAUACGAUGUAGCCCAAAUUACAUUUUCAGUACCUGAAUUUUAUAAGGAGAUAUAAACAGGUCCAGCAUCAUGUACAGAAAAUUAUAUUUUAAUACCUUCAAAAUUUUGUUUUACAAUUUAGUACCUAAAAACAAAACAUUUACAAGCAGGCCCAAAGUGAUGGGUACCCAU